UCCUCAGGUUACAUCCCCGUGUACCUACGAAGCGCAAUGUCUUCGGAGCAUUCCGACGAAGGUGCUCUCGAGGCGCAGUGGUCUGAAAGGCACGAAGCUGGUGCUAAGACCAUCAGAGAUUUGAUCAACGAACUGAAGGGUUUCUAUGUGAAGGUGGGGCAGGUCAUUGCUACGCGAAGCGACCUCUUCCCCCAGGAGUACUCGCGGCAGUGCGCCUCCAUGAUCGACUCUGUGAAUCCGUUACCCUUCGAAGUGGUUCGAAAGGUGGUCGAAGACGAGUUGCUCGGGGGAUUGCCAUUGGAAGAGGUCUUCGAGUUCUUCGACGAGAAGCCCUUGGGCAGUGCCUCCAUCGCUCAGGUGCAUCGUGCCAAGCUCCGGACGGGUCGGGAAGUGGCGGUGAAGGUGCAACGUCCCAACGUGGAGCGGCGCUUGAUGAGUGACAUCAGCGUCAUCAAGACUUUCUCCAUGAUCACGAGGGAGAUUUUCCCAGUGGAUUACUACCUGGUUUGCUGCGAAUUGGAAGAGCAGCUUCAGGAUGAGUUCGACUUCACGGCAGAGGCCAACGGCAUGGACCGCAUCGCGGAUGCGCUGGAGCGCGGCGGCCGGCGGCCGGUGGUGCUGGUGCCGCGCAGCAUCCCGGGCUUGACAUCCAAGCGGGUGCUCUGCAUGGACUUCGUCCCGGGCGCGCCGCUGUCGCAGCUCCGGGAGGAGCUGAAGCGGCGCGGCAUCGAGAUCGAGCCGGGCUCGCUCGCGGAGCAGGUCUUUGGUCGAAAGCUGCUGUCGUCCUUGACGGAAGCCUUUGGUGUCAUGGUCUUUGAGGAGGGCUUUUUUCACGCAGAUCCACAUCCUGGGAAUAUUUUCAUCAGGCCAGAUGGUUCCAUUGCCCUAAUUGACUUCGGCCAGACCAAGCAGAUCAAUUUCAAAUUCCGGAAACAGGUGGCGGAACUGAUGCUUCGAGUUUCAGAGUACAACCAGAUGUUGGGUGAGGAGGAGAAAGCCAAGCUCUUUCUGCAAUCGCUGGGCGGCUUUGCUAAAGACAUGGGAGUGGAAUUUCUGCCCUCUGCAGGGCCCUCUUGCGCAGGCGCGCUGGCUUUGUGGCUCUUUGACAGCAGCAGACGUGAAUUGCCGGAUGGCUAUGAAGCCAAUGCUAAGCCACGUCGUCCAAGGAGCUCUCUCCCAACUGUCCCGUGCGUGACGUGGCGUCGUUCCCCCGAGAGUUUGUGCUCCUCUGUCGUAUGACGCUGCUGAUCCGUGGCUUAGCAAUGCGCUUGAACGUGGGCUGGUCCUUGGCCGAUGCCUGGAAGAAAUAUGCCCAGAAGUUGCUGGAUGGCGACCUCCCUGGCUGCCAGCCAGUCGCUAAACGGUCCUUUUGGCGCAAGUUGCUGAAACCCUUAAAACGGGUUGCCUAGGCCUAGGCUCCAGGUUUUCCGGGCUCGUAGUGGUGUGGGGAAUCCUGGACCAUGCGGCUGCGACCCCUCAGACUCAAACCUUUGUGCCAGAAGAGACCAGCGAUGCGCGAAAA